UUAAAUGCAGUCAAUAAAUAUAACUAACAAAUUUCACAGUAUUUUCUAAUGAAUUGUAACCUUUAUUGUGUCGAAAUAAUGUGAGACCCUUACGAAUUGGUUAUUUUUCUUUCUUUUAUUUAGGUUUAAAUUCAAUAAGUAUGUCGGUCAGGGAUAAAUGGGUACGCCGGUUUUCUAUUGACGAAACUGCAAAACAUAAAAAUGGCUUCACAAUAUAUAAGAUCACAUCUGUUCUGUUCCCCCUGGAGUCUCCAGAGGCUGUUACAGUGGUGUCAGUCUGGAAGAGGUACAGUGAUGUGCAGCGCCUGCACAAAGCCAUGAGCUCCUUGCAUGCAGGCCUGCAUCUCCGCGGCACAUUCCCAGUCUUGGCUAAGAGCAGCUACUUUAAGAGAUUCCAUGAAGAGGUGAUACAAGAAAGGGCAAAGACAAUAAAAGCGUUAAUGGAGUUUGUGGCCGAGCACAGGCUGUUGUUCACUAGCACAGAUUUCGUUAAUUUCUUACAGACGGGCUACCCGGAGCCCGAGCCGGCGGGCGGAGUGAUCAACGCCAUCCGCUCGUCGCUGCACUUGCCGAUUGAGGACUCGCCUCCGCUGGAGUACCAGACUUCGGACGAUGAAGCGCGGACGCCCAGCGUACGAACACAGCAAUCACCGCAACACACGACAGACAACCGACCGGAAAUCGAUAACAUAGACGUGUCACAGAUACCAAUAUACGAAGCGGCCGACGUCGAAAUCCGGGAAUCCCCGAAAACAACCGAACGGCUAGCCGAUUCCAACAGUUUCGAAUCCAUAAACUCUCUAGAAUCCUUAGGGAGUGACCUAUUCGAGGAAUUAAACAAAGUGGCAAUAGAUAAUAAAAAACCGUUCGUCAAAAAGAAUGUGUUACCAGAUUUGAUCACCUUCGACGCACCGUCGACUUCCACAUUCGAUGACUACCACACCAUGCGGAACAUGGACGCCGAAACGAUCUCAUUGAAUUCGUCGACUAACGAACCGUCGAGCUCCGCGUGCGACGAGUCUCGCAGGAGCAGUUCCAGAGUGUCCGUGUACAGCAAGAGGAGCGUGCCGUCCCUGUCUGGCGCGGAGAGCAGGACAAGGACGGAGGACAGCUACAUAUUCGAGGCGGGCUACUUGCUGAACCUGGCGGCGCGCUGCGAGGACGCGGGGCAGCCGCGCCGCGCCUUCGACUGCUACAAGGCGGGCAUCGAGAAGAUGCUGAUUGGCGUGCAGACCGACUCGGACCCGCAGCGCCGCGCGCUCAUCAAAGACAAGACGAACAAGUACCUCGCGUACGCCGAGGCCAUCUACAAGAACCAUCUCUGCAACGCCGACCAGACCCAGCUGCUAGAGCGAGAGGCCAGCGCGGGCCGCGCGCAGUGCGGCGUGCCGGCGGCCAUGCUGCGCAGGCCGUACGCGGAGCUGGCGCAGUUCCGCGUGCUGGGCGUGCUGGGCGCGGCCGUCAUGCUGGUGCUGCACAAGGGCGAGCACUCCUGCUACGCCAUGAAGGUGAUCCAAAAAAUACCAAACAACCUAACAGAAUUUGAUAAUUACUUCCAACAAAGGACUGACGAAACCCGCCAGCCCAUACUCCCGACCUUCAUACCCUACAUGGUCCCGCUACACGCCUACGUGGAGACCAACAACUUGCUGUUCCUGAUACUCGACUACGCGCCGGGGGGAAAACUAUUCGACUAUAUAAAAAACUACGCCAAAUCAGUACCCGACACGCCAGCAAGAGGACUUAAUUUAGAAAACGUUUUCGCCGAACCAAAGAAUAAGAACGACAACGAAUCCGUCGACGUAACGGAUGCUAAUGUUAAUAUUGAAACUAGAAUCGCUGUUAAAUUAGGCGACAGUGAAAACAAAUUCGACAAUAAAAUCAAAAUCGAUGAUACGGAUACUGUUAAUAUUGAUAGAUUAGAUAUUGGUGAUUCAAAUAAAAACGAUUCUAUUACAAAAUUAGAUAAUACUGAAAACGUAAUUGAUUCUAGAGUUGCAAUCGAUGGUCUAGACGAUGUAAAUGAGAAUUUAGGCACAACUGAUCGUUUGGACGAUAUGGACGUUUCGGAGCUAGUGAUAAAUUCCCAAAAGUUGUUAUUAAAUGUCGAUAAGGCGUUGACUGAUGUACCAAGACUGAGCAAAACGGAAGAGGACGGCGAUUUAGGUGGCGUUGGAGAGGAACAAGGAGCGGCGAUGGGAAAGGAGGCGGGUGGAAGUGAUAAAACGGUUGCUAUUCCGAGUCAAGUGACGCGCGGCGUGCUGCCGCCGUCGCGCGUGUGCCUGUGGGGCGCGCAGAUCCUCACGGCGCUGGAGAGCCUGCACAACGCCGGCGUCAUCUGCAGCGACCUGAACCCGGCCAACGUGCUGCUGGGCGCGCGCGGACAGGCGCUGCUCACGUACUGCGUGGGCUACGCGUCGGCCGCCGCGCCGGCGCCGCGCCGCGCCGCGCGCGCCUACCUGGCGCCCGAGCUGCGCGAGCGCGCGCCGCCCGCCGCGCCGCAGCGCGCCUCGGACUUCUGGAGCUUCGGCGCGCUCAUGUACGAGCUGCUGUGCGGCCGCGCGCUGGGGGCGUCGCAGCCGCACCUGUGGAGCCACUCCAUCAUCCAGCUGCCCGACGGCGUGCCGCUGGAGGCGCGCUCGCUGGUCACGCAGCUGCUGGCCUACGAGCCGGCGGAGCGGCUGGGCGCGGGCGGCAUCGACGACAUCAAGCGGCACCCGUACUUCCGCCACGUGCACUGGCAGCAGCUGUACGAGCGCUGGCUCGUGCCCGACUGAGCCGCGCCGCUCGGCCGCACCAGCGCCACGUGUCGACGACCUGACCUCCCUGGCGCACUGGUGAGCGCGCGCUCAUAUGGGAGGUCCUCGGCAGGGGCCAUUUGGUAAUUUAUAAUUUCUGGCCUGGCCUGGUGGGAGGCGACGAUGACGUCGCCAGUUGCCACCCUACCGACCAAGAAGUACCGCCAAACGCUAUUUUUUCACAUCCCUAAAUGACACCUUAAUAUAAGCAAAUGGUUAAAAAUAAGAAGGUAUAAUAAAUGGUGACCCUGCUUUCUGAAUCCAAGCCUGUGGGUUCCGAUAAGACACGAAAGUUGGGAACUAAGAUACACUACACAAGCUUGGCUAACUUUAGAGCG